CGUUUGCUCCGGUACCACAUUGCUGAGCGGAAAAGAAAAAAAAAAUAAGGAGCGGCGAUCGCCAGCGCCGAGGGAGGGAAGCCAUGGGCGCCGCCUCCUCCCCUUCCUGCGCUGCCUUGGCGAGCUGGACUGUGGCGGCGGUGCUGCUGCAGGUCGCCGGACUCUCCUUGUUCCUCUACGGAUUCUUCCCCGUCAAGCCCACGCUCCCCGGCCUCAGUGGUGCGGAGAGCUACCGGACGCCGUCGUGUGGUCCCGUUGGUGGCGGGGAGGAACCGGCGCUUCCACCGGAUCAGCUCAGAUCUCUGUACAGGGAACUUUCUGGGGUCCCUCGUGUGUACGAUCGCUUGGUAUUGAUGGUAAUAGAUGGGCUACCUGCUGAAUUUGUACUGGGGAGAGGUGGAAAACCUCCAAGCAAAGAAAUGAUGGAGUCGAUGCCAUACACACAAUCUCUGUUGGCUGGUUGCAAAGCAGUGGGUUAUCACGCAAAGGCUGCACCUCCAACCGUUACAAUGCCGCGACUAAAAUCAAUGGUAUCAGGGGCUAUUGGAGGUUUUCUAGAUGUGGCACUUAACUUCAAUACUCAAGCCUUCUUGGAUGAUAAUCUUCUCGAUCAGCUUCAUGCGAUUGGUUAUAAAUUAGUGAUGUUGGGAGAUGAGACAUGGAUCAAGUUGUUCCCAACACUAUUCUACCGGCAGGAUGGAGUGAGCAGUUUUUAUGUGAAAGAUACCGUCGAGGUUGAUUUCAAUGUUUCUCGUCAUCUGGAAUUCGAGCUUGAUGCAAAAGACUGGGAUGCAUUGAUUCUUCACUACCUAGGUUUAGAUCAUGUUGGCCAUACAGGCGGCCGUCGGAGUGUUUUGAUGACCAAAAAGCUGAAGGAGAUGGAUGAUGUGAUCAGAAGGAUCCACACUGCAUCUAUGAGCCUUCAGGAUAGUCCAGACAGAACACUUUUGGUUGUGGUCAGUGAUCAUGGAAUGACUGAAGGUGGUAAUCAUGGAGGAUCUUCUUACGAAGAAACUGACUCCCUUGCCCUUUUUAUUGGACACAGCGUUGAGAGCUCAUAUUGUUCGCCUUAUGACCAGAAAGAGGCACUUCAAGUUGACCUUGCUCCCACUCUAGCUCUUCUCUUCGGCAUACCAAUCCCAAAGAACAAUAUAGGCAUCUUGCUUCCAGAGCUUGUUAAUUCCUUGACAGAUGACCAAAAACUGCGGAGCUUGGAACUGAACUCGUGGCAAAUCGUAAGGUUAUUGCAAGAACAGUUACCUGCUAUCUGCUUUGAACAUUGUAUUAAUCCAAAUGAUGGUUGGGGAAUUGGUAUGCUUCCUGAAUCUACUGAAGAAAAGUUAUGCCAUUUACUCUCUAAAGCAUAUGCUUCUCAUCAAUCCCCGCGUCUUCAUCGAGAUUCAGAUUUCAAGUCUGUUGAAGCUGUUGGGCACUUUGGAACUGCUGUGGACGCCUACUAUGGCUUCUUAAGAUAUGCGAGUGAGUGGUUGUCUCACAGAGCGACCGAUAAACCACUCUAUUUGCUCGUCUCUGCAAUCUCCUUGAUGAUAGUUUCAUGCUUUUCUCUUGCUGGCAUUAUCUCUUGCCUAUUUAGGGGAAACUCCUCGAGUCAAGUUGAACAACACUCUGAGUUGCAUUUGGAUAAACAUUGGCACCUUGAUGAGGUUUUCGUUCUUAUGGGGAUGCUUCUCUAUGUCAUUAGUCUUGGUUCAAGUUCUUUUGUGGAAGAAGAGCAGUAUACAUGGCACUUUCUCACUUCUAGUCUGUAUUUAAUAUUUCUCUUCAAGACAGUCCAAUCAAUGCUGAAAGAAUCAAAUUCAACAGUCCUACGUAAAUCAGAAGCAAAAAUCUUUCACAGAAAUAACUACUCUUUCCUUACCAGCUAUAAAUUUGGCCCAGGUCAGCGAGAUGGUUACAAGUUGUAUACCGUCCUUGUUGUUCUUGUUUCUGGGAGAAUUAUAAGAGCAUGGCAUCAAGGUGGGGUUAACUGGGUUCAUAUUCUUGACAUUUCGAAGAUAUUGGCCCAAGCUGACCCUUAUAUUAUAAAGUGUCUUCAAAUUAUAUCAGUUCUUGUGGUUGUGGUAUUGUAUGCAGUUUCACUCAUGUUGCUGAGAACAAGGAAAGUCCAUGUUAUAGGGCUAUGGUUCAGCCACCUUUUUUGUGGGCUUUUAGUUGUGCUGCAUAUCUGGGAAAGUCAGCUCAAUACUUCAGUACUGAUCAACCAUAGCACAACAUCAAUAGCUCAGAUAUUUUAUGCCAUUGCAAGUAUGUCGAUUGUUCUCACCAUUCUAGUGUCGCCUUGGGUAUCUCCAAUACAUUCCGAAGAAGCUGAACCAACAUCGUCCUCUAGCUCAAAUCCUGAAAAGACUGUACAUUUGCAUGGCAUCAAUUAUUCUGUUUUCUUGACUGGAAUAACAUACACCAUGUUCUGGUGCCUUCUUCAAUUGCUUCUGCAACAAGCCAUAAAUGCAAUUCCUCUUUUGCUCAUUUUGUUGCAAAUAAUCUCGAGUGUUAUUCAUUUUUCUCGGGAGAAACCAUUGCAUAGGCAAUGGGUACAGGUUGUUGCAAUGCAAUUAUUGGGAUUGACCGGUCAUUUUGGUCUUGGGAAUACCAAUAGCCUUGCCAGCAUAGAUGUUGCAGGAGCUUUCGUUGGCAUUUCAAGUUACUCCACGGUUCUUUCCGGCCUGCUGAUGUUCAUUAGUACAUAUGGAUCACCUCUGCUGUUAUACCUUGGGAUGGUUGUUUAUAUAUCGGUGAAAGACAAUGAUGAUAUCUCCGCUCCACAGCUGUUCAAAUGGAGCAGCAUUUUGAACAAAAUGAUUGCAUUGCCCUGCUUGGUUCCUCUGCUAAUCAAUUCUAUUGCCUUGACUUCAUACACCAUUGUUUUGCUGCUCAUGAGGAACCACUUGUUCGUUUGGAGCGUAUUUUCACCCAAGUACCUCUAUGUCUGCGCAGCAACAGUUUGCACCUAUGCUGGAGUGCUCAUUAUAGCCAUGACCGCAGUUUACACUUGCGCCGUAUUUUCAUUCAGGACCAGAAGCUACAGGAACAAAUCCAUGUGAUUAGAUUAGCUGCUAUGUAUUCUGAUUUAGCAGUCCUUUGUUAGAAAACAUUGGUAGAGUUCUCUUUGCUAAGAGACACUUAUUCCAUUGUUCUGUGUGGCCUUUCUGUAGUUCAGUUUUAGGUCAUACGAUCCCUGGAAGGUUGCAAACGCAUUUUUUUUCAGCUCCGCCUCUUGCUUCUCGGCACUAGAAUUGUCCCGAGAUCUGUGCUGUAUGUAAACACAAAGAGUUCAUUAAUUUUACUAAAGCAUCUAUACUUGCUGAUUUGUCACGAA